GAGGCCGAGAAGAUUCAACUCGCGGCUUCGGGGGAGAAGACCGCGGCGGAACUGGCCAAGGUCCAAGAAGAAGCGGCAAGGUUGCGGACGAGGGUCAGAGACCUGGAGGAUCAGGUAUCGAAGCUUACCACGGAGACCAAGGGGCUCCGCGAGGAAAUUGAGCUCCGGGGAUCACAGUACAACAAUGCGCAAGGGUUGCUUGGUAGCAUGAGAGAUCAGACCGCUGAGAUGGCGAUGCAGCUGAAGGAAGCAAAAGAGCAAGCCGAAAGUCUCGAAGAGGAACUCGGGGAGGUGCAGAGACUACUAAGUGAACGUACCCGGGAAGGGGAGACGAUGCGACGUCUCCUCGCCGAUGUGGACGACCGAGCUGAUGCCAAGGUGCGUGAGAUGCGAGAACGGAUGGAAACGGCCAUCGAGGAACGCGAUCGCGCAGAAGACGAAGCAAGCACCAACGCACGGCGCCGUGCUCGCGAAGUGGAGGAGCUGAAGACCAAAAUCCGGGACUUUGAACGAGAUCUCAAGCGCGCCACGGACGAUCGAGACGAGCUUCUCCAGUCGGAGAAAGAGUGGAAGCGGCGACGCGACGAGCUGGAAGGCGUCUCUGAGAGGGCAUCGCAAGAAGUCAACGAGAUCCGCUCGGCGAUGGGCGAGCUUCGUUCGGCCCUCGAUGGCAGCGAGAAGCAGGUCCGGGAUGCGGAAAAGCAACGCACGAACCUGCGAAAGCUCCUGGACGACGCCAACCAGCGGUACGAGAAGCUGCAGAAAGAGUACAAAGCGCUCCAAGCCAAGCAGAUCCGGCUCCACGACGUGCCGUCGCGCGGCUCGCUGGAUUCUGGGCGGACGGGCAGCCCGGGGCCGGCGAAUGGCGGCGCAGUGGGGCCGGGGAAGAUGGAUUAUGUAUACCUCAAGACCAUCCUGCUGCAGUUCCUGGAGCAGCGGGAUAAGAAGCGGCAGGCGGAUCUAGUGAACACGGUGCUUGGCCAGCUGCUCCAUUUCGACAAAAAGGAUCAGGAGAAGUGGAUCGCGGCCAUCUCGGCCAGGUGAGCUUGAACGCCUCGAAUCGAAGGGGGAUGGCGAUGGCGAUGGCGAUGGCGCGGCUAUCUUGUAUUUCUAUGCUGGAGGGAGGCUGAGACAGCGGGCGGUCGGAUGGAUCACGCAUGCAUAGGGAAUCGUCGGGCGCGCUGCGCAUCCCUCUUGUACGCUACAGUAUCAUACAUACAUUUCCCACAUGUAUUCACGACAUAUUUUCUUGAUUCUGCUCUCCCCCUUUUUUGAUCAAAGGAAAUAUACGUGAUGAUGAUGAUGGCACGUCCAAGGAACCCUUUUUUUCGCAUGCGAUGAUGAAACUCGUAGUCUAGUCACCAUUCCGCUCUCUAUCUAUACCGUCUUCUAUUCUCCUUCC